AUGUCAUCAACCCCGCCCAACCAUCCCCGAAACAUUCUACAACAACCCCCAGGAUAUCCCCAAUACUACUUCUUCUACGGAACGCUCACAACACCCCAAACACUCCAAAGAAUCCUAGAUCACACCGAAGAACCCACCCUCCGCAAAGCCCAAAUAACCGGCUUCACAGUAGCCAAAUGGGGCGAUUACCCCACCCUGAUCAACAGAGAACAAAAUGAUGAACAGGAGCAGGAGCAGGUAAUUUCCGGAUAUGCGUAUCUGGUACAGUCGGAUGAGGAGGCGCAGAAGCUUGCUAGUUAUGAGACCAAGGCGUAUAUGGUUACUUCCUGUUGGAUUUGUUUCGUGGAUGGUGAAGAACCGGGGGAAGUACGAGGGAGAACUUUUAUGUAUGCUGGGGAUGCGAAGGCUUUGCUGGAGCAACGAUUUGAUCGGAAGCUUUGGGCUUUGCAGAUGGGUGGGAAGUUGGGAUGA